AAGCUAGACAAGUUUGACCUGUGAAAAUUCAGCACGUUCUUUUUGCUUUACAACACCUUUUAAAAUGACAUUUGCAGAAAUCAUUGAAUGUACCAUUGACUUUGAGGGCCAACGUUUAGCAGAACAAUUAACACAUGUUUUAUUAACUGCUUCUGGAGUUGUCAGUUUUGCUAUUGGAUUCUAUUUACAGUCUAUCCAGAUGGUGAUGGCAGUCUUCGCUGCGGGCCUGGUUAUUACUGCAUUGGUUGUCGUCCCUCCUUGGCCAAUGUACAGAAAGCAUGCCCAACCUUUUUUAAAUGAAUCAGUAGUCGAAAAGAAAGAUUGAACGAGUUUGCUACUUUUUUUUUAUAUAUUAUUUUUAUUAUUAUAUUUUUAAUAA